AUGUCGGAACCAUCAGAGGUCUCCGUUCCCGCCGGUGAGGCUACCACUCAGUGGGCCUACCGCGCCCAGAAAUCCAUCGGCCUCAACACCGGUUCGCCAACAUACACCUCCGUCAAUGGCUUCGACCAGGUCACAGGUGCCACUCGCGUCUUCCAAUACAGCCCCGAUGGUAGCACCUUCGCUGCUGCCAUGGAUGACUUUACCCGUCUCGUAGACACCUGUGCUGCUUCCACCUCUUCCGUAAAACGCGAUCUUCCCGUCCCCAAGGUGGUUGACCUCAAGUUCUCGCCCAAGGGUGGUUUCCUCAGCACAUGGGAGCGUCCCGGUAAGCUCGAAGACGGCUCAAAUACGCGCAACCUCAAGAUCUGGGACACGGAAACAGGAGAAACCGUCGCAGAAUUCGAGCGCAAGUCGCAAGAAGGUUGCUUCUUCCAAUUCACCGCCGACGAGCAGUACUGCAUCAGGCAGGUCUCGACCGAGCUCCAGAUCUACGAGCCUCGCCACAUCGCCGACAAGGGCGUCAUUGGCAGAUUGCGGCUCGAGGGCAUCACCAGCUUCGAGGUUGGGCCGGGCGACAAGCCCAGCAUCGCCGUCUUUUGCGGUGAGAAGAAGGGUGCACCCGCUUCCGUCCGCGUCUACUCGCUCGCCUCCCUCGUCCCUUCCCCUGAGACACCCCCCGCGCCCGUCUCGCAAAAGACCUUCUUCAAAGCGGACAAGAUCCAGAUCAAGUGGAACCAGGCCGGUUCCGCACUCCUCUUCAUGACCUCGACGGAUCACGACAAGACGGGCAAGUCCUACUACGGCGAGACCAACCUCUACCUCAUGUCCGUUCGCGGCGACUUUGACUGCCGCGUGGCACUCGACAAGGAAGGCCCCAUCCACGAUUUCGAAUGGAACCCCAAUUCGAAGGAGUUCAUCGUCAUCUACGGCUACAUGCCUGCCAAAGCGGUGCUCUUCAGCCAUCGCGUCAACGUCAUCGCCGAACUCGGUACGCAACCGCGCAACUUUGUCGCGUUCAACCCGCAAGGUCGCCUCUUCUGCAUCGCCGGCUUCGGCAAUCUGUCCGGUACCGUCGACAUUUGGGACCGCGAGAACCUGUCCAAGGGCAAAGUGUUCUCCAUGGACGCUUCCAACAGUUCCGUAUGCCAGUGGUCUCCCGACGGCCACUUCCUCCUGACUGCCACGCUCAGUCCGCGUUUGCGUGUCGAGAACGGCGUCAAGAUCUGGCACUGUACGGGUGAGCUGGUGCACGUCGAUAUGAUCGACGAGCUCUACCAAGCCGGAUGGCGACCUGGUCUCAAUGCUGGUCUGGCUCCUUUCCCCACCUCGAUCCCACGUGCGCCUGCCGCCUCGCCCGCCGCCGCGUCCUACCUCGCCACCAAAGCGGCGACCAAGCGUCCCACCGGAACCUACCGUCCCCCCGGCGCGCGCGGUCAAGGUACACCCGACAUCUACAAGCGCAUCGACGAGGGUGGAUCUGGCGCCUCGACUCCGGAUCUCGCCCGCUCCGCCUCCCAGAACGGAACCUACCAAGCCCCCGGUUCGGGCAAUCGCAAGCGUGCCAUCCCCGGCGCACCCGGCGCGCCACGCAACGGCAACGCCACCUCCAACCAAAAGGACGGCAAGAAAAAGCCCGGCAAGAACCAGCAGAAUGGCAAACAAGCCGCAGCUGCCGCACCCGAACCCGUGGUGGUCGUCACAGAGGACGUCGCUGCUCUCAGCGUCUCCGGUGCGGCGGAAGUGGGGGGUAACGCGGGCGCUGCGAACCAGGAGAAGAAGGUUCGUAAUUUGAACAAGAAGUUGAAGGCGAUCGAGGAGUUGAAGUUGCGCCAGGCGGGUGGGGAGAAGUUGGAGGCGAUGCAGUUGGCCAAGAUCGCAGCGGAGGAGGAAGUUAGGAGGGAGCUGUCGACGUUGGAGUAG